GGCGAAGAUGAAGAGAUUGGAGGAGGAGAUGAAGAAAGUACAACAAGAGGAGGAAGAAAGAAGAAAAGUUGCUGAAGCAGAAGCGGCAGCAGAAGAAGAGAAAGAGAGGAUGAGGAUUGAGAGUGGAGAAGGGAGUAGUGGUGGCACGAUGACAAGGGAAACAGAUACAGGGCUAGAAAAGAAGAUCAGCGAGUGGGUCGCUAAUUUAUCGUUGGGGGAAGACAAGGAGACGGAGUCCUAUGUAACUAAGGAUGAGAAGGCUGCGUUGGCCGCUGAGCUAGCAGCCAUGACAGACCCAAUGGAACGAAGAGAGAGGGAAGACGAGCAAAAGUUAGCCUGGAAGUUGAGAAUGAAGAGGGAGAAGAAGAGGAGGAGAGAGGAAGUGAAUAAGAUGACCGCAGCAGUGGCAAAGGUGCAGGAGUGUAGAGCGGAGGUGCUGGCCCAACCGGACGAUAAGGCCAAGUGGGACAAAGUACUGGGGUACCUAGAGGUGUUGAGCAAGGCCUGGAUGGAGGAGCGCAAGGCAAGCUGGAGCCAGGAUGUAGGAUUGAGUGCCAUGCGGUCAUGGUUUAGAGAUUUUGCGCGCGAGAUCGUCACCCAUAUUGGGGGCGAAGUGAAGCACUUGAGAGAUGAUGUAGGGAAGUUUUGUGAGGGCGCUAUUCACGGUGCCAAAGCUGUAGCCGCUGUAGAGGGAGAGGCCAGACCCCGUAAGGACCCAGUGAAGCUUAAGUUUUCGGAUGCGUACGGGGGAAAGAAGGAAGAUAACUUUGACAACUGGAAAGCCAGUAUCAAUAGUUAUAUUUAUUUGCAGCAUAUCUUGGUCGAGGAACAAGUCCUUGUGGCCUUCCAGGCCCUCAAAGAUGAAGCGGCUAGUUUUGCCAGGUCUCUUGCGCGUACAGCCCGUUGUGAAAACAACCUGGUUGCGUAUUCCAAACAGUGGAGAAGUGCCAAGGCACUCAAGAGUACUAUGGACGACUUGGUAGCCGUCCCUGACCACGGGGUCACCGAGCCCCAGUUGGUCCAGUUGUUUUAUCGUGCCAUCCCAGAGGCCCUACGCGGGCAUUUCUUUGACAAGUCUCAGCAGGCCGGCAUCACAUAUGAUCAAUUGAGUAGGGAGGUCGUCCUGUAUAAGUCAAAGUCUAUGCCAGUUACCACUUUCUGGCAUAAGGACCUGGAGAAGGGGAAGAAGUGGAAGAAUCGUACUAUCUCAGGCCAAGUAAAGGCCAAGGAUCACAUGAUCCUGACGUUAGAGGAAGGUGGUAUUGAUGAGGUCCCGUAUGAUCAGAUUGAGUGGGGCCUCGAAGAUGAUGGCAGUAGUGUGGGGCAGGGGAGGUCUUACGCUGCUGUCGCGGCUGGAGGAAGCCCGCAAGGAGGAGGAGGCCAGGGCCAAAGGCCAUGGGAGGCCGAGGACCGGGCGCACAGGGGGUUGGCGGACAGGGAAACCGCCAAGCGGAAGGUCGGGGUCAAGGUCCCCCGUCAAAUCGCCAGGGUAAUCGGUCCCCACAACGAAGAGGUGGAAGAGCACCUCAAGGAGGACACUCCCAACCCACAUGAGCCUAUGGCAGAGGUUGCAGGCCCRUGCCUAGAUAGCUGUCCAGAGACCGCUUGUGUAAGCGUCUCUUUAGGCACCUCCCUCAUAGGUGUGGCAGAAGAAUUAAAGGAGAGGAUGCCAACCUGGGCCAAAAUGAAGAAGGAGAGUAAAGGACAACUGAUUUUGGUAGAUGUAGAGGUGUUUAGGAGUAGGGUAGGGGCCCUUAUAGACUCAGAAGCUACCCGUAGUUAUAUCAGCCGWAGGGCGCUGAAGAAGCUGAGGAUAGAACUAAAGGUCCAGAAGUUAAUAGACCCUAUAGUCAGUGUUCUCGCAGACAACCGCACAAUGCGCGUUGAGGAUUAUACAGAGGGAGUCCAGGCGUACUUUCGCCUAGAGAAGGAUGGGAAGGUGGARAAAGUUCUCCAUUCCCUGACUCUUCUCGUACAAGAUGACCUUCCUUUCGAUGUAGUGUUAGGAAUGGAUUGGGGAGAGGCAGCGGGGGCCACACUCCAUCUGAGAGAGCAUGAGUGUAGGCUCCCUAGUCCGUCAGGCGAAGUGAAGACUGCUCGCCUGUUCCAUGCGUCCGGUGUAGAUAACACCUUGGCGCAUUGCUGUCUCAGUGCUCCCGCGUUCGCGCGAUUAGUAAGAAAGGAGCAGAUAGAGGAACAGGUCUUUGUGGUGUAUGUCACACCUGUCACUGAGGCCCCGGAAAAGGAUAGUUCCACAGAUCCAACAAUUGCCAAGCUVCUGGAAGAAUUCAAAGACUUGACUGAGUCGCCGACAGGAGUAGUGUCGCGACCCAUCCAGCACAGCAUAGAGAUAGAGCCUGGCAGUAGAACUCCUAGGGGUGCAGUCUACAGGAUGUCCCCUAGAGAGUUAGAGGAGCUUCGCAAGCAGUUAGACGAACUCCUUGAGAAAGGGUGGAUCAGGCCCAGUUCGUCUCCUUUUGGAGCACCCGUUUUGUUUGUCCCCAAGAAGGAAGGAGAGCUGAGAAUGUGUACAGACUAUAGGGGAUUAAAUGAGAUCACCGUGAAGAAUGUUGAGCCGCUGCCCAGGAUAGACGAUCUUUUAGAUCGGGUGCAGGGUUGUAAGUAUUUCUCUAAGAUAGACUUUAAGUCCGGAUACCAUCAGAUAGAGGUCCAUCCUAAUGAUGAGUACAAGACUGCGUUCCGGACUUGAUAUCGGCAUUAUGAGUUUAUAGUGAUGCCCUUUGGACUAACCAACGCGCCAGCUACUUUUCAGCGUUGUAUGAAUGACCUGUUUAGACCAUGGUUAGAUAAAUUUGUAGUAGCCUA